CUUCCCGUUUUUAUUAAAGGGGCGCGCACAGGUCCAGCUGCACGUGCAUUGGUUGGUCACACACACAGGCAAAGGCCACCCACAAUUCGUGUGGCGGGAGGCGGUGCAGCCCAUCUUGCCUCCUCAGCUUGACAGAAACUGCAUCGAAGUAGGACUCUGCCUUAACCGCUGAGGCUCCCGAAUUUCGCGCGUCGGCAACAUCUCCUCAUCAAUACCAUAAUGACCAGGCUGCCCCCGUUCACCAUCACCAGCAGCUCAUAUCUAUCGCGUCAGAACCAGAAUAAAACAUGCCACUGUGCCGGUGCCAGAAUGUUGACUUGAAGCCGAACUGCCGGUCGUCGCUGAACUGUGCUGUCUGGCACGAUAAAGAACUCUAUUGUGAGGGGUGUCGCGACAACAGAUGCCAGUUCAACAAGUCACCCGUCUCUCCCAGAGGCGGAUUUGAUGGAUAUCGGGCAAUGUCACCCCCAUUCGCCAACUACAGCCGUGACAUGCUGGUCGGCCAUGUGAACCUCGUCAAGGUGCGGGCACCGCAGGACUAUCAGAUUGGAUUCCAGUCCUACAUCGAGGCUAUGGCAGCUAUUGCGCUGGGAAAGGCCUCUGCAUCCGAGGUGGUGGAGCGGUUGGAUCAGGCCAUGAGAGAGCAUGAAGCGGAAAGACAGAGAGACUUGACAAUGAAGGAUGGUGAUAAGAAAUGAAGCUGCACGGAUGUCUUGAUAGAGUGGUCACUGGGGUUUCUUUGGGAAUGGAGUUGUGUUUAUUUCAGAGGUGUGUUGAUGAAGAUUGUACACUGGCUUUUCUUCUCUACGUUGACGAUUCAUGACACUUUCUUUCACGCGUGAUCCUCUUUCUUAUAACUUAUGACUGGUAGGCUUAAAGCUGCACAUCCUGGCUCCACAAACAAGUCUUGUUUAUUCAGAAUCUUAUAAGUAGUCAGUUGGGAAUAGCUGUGAUCAGGAUAAGGUAACGAGAUUUAUCUCGAAGAACUGCACAUGGCUUAACAUGAACACAUGCGUAUCUUAAGUAUGAGUUGUCAGUGGUCACUGAAAAUAGAUCGUGAUUCAGAUUACCAUGGUGGAACUGAGAUAUAAUGGCACCGAGCAGACAACUUUCUCUGGUUGUUUCAGCAAGCCAUCAACCUCCACAGCUUCUACCGUUGGGCUCGACACAAGCGCUAAAUCCAACACGCUUUACACCACGAAGCACGGCUAUCAAAAUGCCUACCUGCAAAUGCCCUGCAAGCCCCAGCUCCUGCAGAGCCCAGCAAUGCCACCAAUGGCACAAUACUUCCAGGUUGUGUGGGAAGUGCCAGGUAA